AGACACCGCAACAAGUACCACUCAGCCAAUGAAUUGCGGCAAGGCUGAACAUCCACUCGCCGCACGACAUCCUGUACAAACACUAUGACUUUGGCUCUUGCUUCACAAAUCAUUGGCUUCAUAUCCUUCGGGAUAACCUUGGCCACUUUACUCGGUGUCUACCGCGACCUCAUAUCAACCAUGCGCAAUGCGGACGCCCUCAUCCCGCUCAUGCUGGGCAAUCUCCGUCAAGAAAUUCAAGCAGAACAAGUCCUGCUACGGCAACGCGCCCGGGAUGGCGACCAUUAUGGCGUAUUUCCUAAAUCGCGACGACGUCGGUCGCGACGGAAAUACCAUGAGGCAUCGCAACUACUAGAAAACACUCUCAACAAUCUGUGGCAACAAUUUAAGAAUGUCGAGCGUCCAUUCCUUAUCAGGGAUCCAGUUCGGGCCGAAAAGGUUCAACGGGGUGACUAUUGGGGCGAGAGUGAUGUCGAUGACAAGGCUUACGCCAGACCGACUCCCAACCAGAAACAGGUCACCAAUCGAAUGGGAAUGGCCGAAGCUGGAUUGUCUUCCGACGAACAAAGAUAUUACCGGACGGACCUGAUUCACCGUUUUAUAUGGUGGCAGAGCCAGUCCUCCGUUGUCAGUAUGCUCGACCAGGUACAGCGCAUCCAGAUCCGAAGAAUCGAAAGAGAUACAUUCGAGGCCGAUGAACUCAUCAAGCGGUGUCUAGCAUUACUGUAUAGGCGGCGUGGUGACGGGAGGAGUCCAAGUGGCGGUAGUAGUUCUGGUAGUGACGGAGGCCGAGGAGGACGUGGUGGCGGUGGUGUUGCACGUCAAAGAGGUAGUGUUGUUUCGAGGCCAGGAAGCAUAAAACCUUCGACUCGCCGAUCUAGCGGGACUGGAGGUCGUUUCAGGGAAGUUGAAGAGACGGAGAUCAUCAGGAAGCGGCAAGACUCGGACGCGAAAGCUCGUACUGGCGAAGCUAGUAAUACUGGACGGCGGAGGAGAAGUACUCAGUCCCGGUACGAAUACGAGGUGGUCCAGUCAGGCAGGAUAUAUAUCGAUGUCGAGGAUGGCGGACGACAAGAUGGGGUAGAAUAUGUUGAACCUGUACGAAAUUCGGUGCCACUGCGAGACCUAAGUCGAGAGCGAAGGAGGGAUUGA